GAGACAGUGCCACAGAUGAUUAAAUAAAGUAUCUCGUAUAUUAAUUUUGUUUAAUUUUAAUCUUCAAUUAAAUUAUAUGUUACGAACUUCUUAAUUAUAUUUUAUGUUUUCAUGGUAAGUUUAAACUAAUUGUUUCGUAAUAUUUACACAAAAAAAGAAGAGGGGAUUGAAUAUAACUAAGUGUGUAUUGUCUUUCAGAAUGUUUAUUUUAUAUCCCUAUCGCCGUUGUUACGACCAGGCAAUUGAAUCACCAAACUAUACUGAAUUGGAUUGAAAUAAAAUAGCGUCAACGAUUUUAUUGAGUCAUAAAGUGAACAGCUUAUUGCUCUAAACAAAAUUGUUAUAAAUUGAAAAUGAGUUAUCAAAAGUAUUUGGUUGCUGUUUUUGCUCUAUUUCCGCUCACUGACGCGGUCAAAGUCAACAUGCAAGGAUCGUUAAGUUUCGGAAAAGAAGUUAUGGAUACUUUAACGCGCUAUAUAGGAACGAACUACGCUUUACCAGUAUCAGGUCGACGGUCAAUGUCAUAUUCGAAAGAAACAGAUGUUCUUUAUAUAAUAAUCAAAUCAACAUACUUAUGUAGGGAUCUACAAUUCUGCGACGGUAUAUUAGAAAAAUUCUUAAAUGAUUACGUUAUGUAUCUGACAAAGUCCAUAGAAUCUAUUUUCGAAGAAAUACUCAGUCAGCGCGAAGUUAACGACGAGGAAUCUCAAGUAGUCAAGCAAUUGAUAUUUGAAGAAGAAUUGAAGAAGUGUCUGCGUGAAAUAAGGAAACUGCUCAGAACUAUAAAUCUGAAAAGCACGCAAGAAAGCGGACCUUACUUGUGGAUAGAAGUCAUAAAGAAGAUAAGUCUCAUGUUCCAAACGGCGGCCAUCAUGUUUGCUGUGGACAGGUUAGAAGGUACAGAGACCGACAUCGAUGUGGUUACGAAGAAAUUGACACAGAAAUUCGUCAUUGCAACAGUAACAGUUGAAAGCAAGUACGAAGUCAAACUCUGCUCGGAAUACGAAAUCUGCUCCAAGUCAUACGAAUGUACGAAAUCUUUAAACAUCUUGCUUUCGUCGUUUAAGGACAUGGAAGAUGAGAAGGUAAAGAACUUCAUUCGUUAUGUGUCUGAAGCGUUUUUGGACACUAAGUUUUACAACCAACUAAGCGAAGUUACUGCGAAUGAAAUGCAAAUUAUACUCAACGAUAUGGCUUAUUCGGACAACGUUCCGGCAAAAGAAGUUUUGCUGACGAUUCAGAAGACUAUAGAAGAGAGACUAAACUCUAUAACAACCAAGACCUACACAGCAAACGGAAGAGACGUGGAGCUAGUCCACGUAAUUCUUUCUGACAUGGAUCAUUUGUACAGCAAGAGAAAAGUUGAUCCCUUUCAUUCUUUCUUAAGCAAUUUCUUUGAAUGGUCCCGAUCUGGUGCCAAGUUAGGGACCCACGUACGUACAUUAUUAACGGAUAUAGAAGAUCAACUCAAUGAACUAUCUGAUGAUCUAUUUUUAAAACUUGUGAAUGAAGUGAAAACGUUUUUGGAAAUCACCGUCGAUCCGGAAAAGUAAAGGACGUUGUAAAGUUGGUUGUUUUAUUACUUUUUAACGAUUGCUAGGUUGAAUUUGUAGGUUAUCGGAAAGAAUGUAAUUUCAAUAUGUCUUCUAAGUACUGUAGAACACGGUUGAUGUAAAAAACAGUUUGCAAGAGUCUGAUUCACCGACUGUAUCCUCCCCGUGGAGGCAAAUAUCCAUGAGGAUUUCCCAUCAUACAAAAAAAGAAUAAAAAGAAAAAGGUACUAGUUACUUUCUGUUAACUUCAAGUUAGACAGCUAGAGCUUCUUACUAACAGUAUA